UGUCCAUCUCAUAAUGCCGCAUAAAGGUGGCAGAAAUCCAUCGGGCCCGUGGGGUCGCCUCAAGCCCGUCGAGCAAGACCCUCUCGAAAGCAUCGGGCUUCCAUCCAAAGGCGACACCAGGUUAUUGGAUUUAAAGACGCAAGAGAACUACUAUACCAAGAUAGUAGAGCGCUACAUGACGUUUUGCUCCGAUGCAGGUCAGCGGGAUGAACUGCUUCGGAGAUUCUCGUCAUUAGAAAUCUCAUCAAAAAGUCCAGAUCCCACUCCCGCCAGCUCUCGAAUGAUUCUGCCCACAGUCGACCAUGAAAAGCUUCAGAGCCCUGCCAACACCAAGGCUCUCUCCGAUGUCAUGGCUGCUCUAAGAAAACUCAGAGAGGGCAUCGUUGCCACUAAGAGAGCUGAUGAUUUCGCAGUCCAGGCCUAUCUUUUCUGCAUUCGACUCUCCAUAUUAGUUAAGCAUCCAGAAUCCUAUCAUCCGGCCAUUCUCCAUCUGCUUCGUUCGAUACACCCGCAGCAGCCUCUCACAUCUGUCGAACUUCAAGAGGUAGUUGGCUAUCUGGUGCUGGAUACGGCUUGUCGACGCGGGGAGUUGGCAGAAGCCUUUGCACUGCGGCAGAGAUACGAGCUAAAAGACUCCAAAGUAAACGCGGCAUUGAUGGCGUUGACGCACGACAACUAUGUCGUGUUCCAGAAAGUGAAGAGGAGCGUAGACGGGCAUCGGGCAAGGAUAAUGGAAUGGGCCGAGGGCGAUGUGAGGAUGCACACGCUCAAAUGCUUUGGGAAAAGCUACUUUUCCGUCGAAUUGGACUUUUUGGAAAAGGCAACGGGGUCAAAGUGGUUAGACUUGAAGCAGACUGAUGGGGUUGGCUGGGACCUUGAGGGAAGCAAGGUGGUGAUUCGCAAGGUCAGGGCACGAUGA